GUUCCAUCGUGCCCAGCAUUCCGAGGCCCAAAAUAUUAAAAGAGCAGUGACGCGCUUAACACCAAGCUGCCUGCCCGGCCCCCUCGAGUACUUUCCCAGCCGGCCACCGUGGCAGCGGUGUUGCCGCAAAACGUGGCCCGUGGUUCCAGACCUGCACACAGCGCCGCCCGGCUCUCCUCCCCCGAAACACGAGCCAAGAGUCCAGAAAAGCGGCCUUGCCGGCGAAACCGAGCUUCCGCCGCCCGCAAGCCAGCCGCCCGCAAGCCAGCUGCCCGAACGCCGCGGGCCGCCGCCGGGCAAACGGGAGGUACGGGUGUCCUGCAGGGCCCGGCUCAUCUGUCUCCGGCCAUCUCGAAGCAUACGUUUCCUUCAUCAUCCUCCCCGAGCCAUGUCCCUCCACAGAGAAAACACCGAAGCUGCGGACCUCCCGCACUCCUACGACAAGCCCGUGCCCUUGGCCGUGAUCGGCGGCACGGGUCUCUACGACCUCCCCAACUUGCGGCCCGUGGCCAGGCUCACCGUGUCGACUCCUUGGGGCUUUCCCUCCGGGCAGAUCACGGUUUCCGUGACUGAAAAAGGCCACGCGGUGGCCUUCUUGGCGCGCCACGGCGCACACCACGACUUGUUGCCCUCGGACGUGCCGCUGCGGGCCAACAUCGCCGCGUUGAAGAGCCUCGGGGUCAAGGCCAUCAUUGCGUUUUCGGCCGUGGGCUCGUUGCAGCAGGAAAUCCGCCCGCGGGACUUUGUGUUGCCCACGCAGAUCAUCGACCGCACCAAGGGCGUGCGGCCGUCGACGUUUUUCGAGAAGGGCUUCGUGGCGCACGCCAUGUUCGGCGAGCCUUUUGACGUGAAGCUCAACCGGCUCAUUGCCGACAACAUCCCGGCACGGGGCUUCUUGGAGGCGCACGACGCGGCCGCCGAGCCCGUGCUCCACCUGAAGAGCCACACGGAGCACGGCGCGGACUUGACCGUCAUCUGCAUGGAGGGCCCCCAGUUCAGCACGCGGGCGGAGUCCAAGAUGUACCGGUCCAUGGGCGGCUCGGUGAUCAACAUGUCGGUGUUGCCCGAGGCCAAGUUGGCGCGCGAGGCCGAGAUCGCGUACCAGAUGAUCUGUAUGUCCACGGACUAUGACUCGUGGAACGAGUCCGAGGAGCCCGUGACCGUGGAGACCGUGGUGGGCAACUUGAAGGCCAACUCGGCCAACGCCUGCAAGGUGGCCGGGCGCUUGGUGGACGUGGUUUCGGAGGACUUGCACCUGGGUGCCCUGGGGCUUGCGGCCGAGUUGCAGGGCUCCAUGAAGUACGCGGUGAGCACGAACGUGAACGGCGUGAAGAAGGACGUGUUGGAGAAGAUGCACUUUUUGUUCCCGGGCUACUGGCCGGUCAAGUAGGCGAGUGGCGGGCGCGCUGUAUAGACCAUAGACGGUGCUUGACAGCGACAUUAGCUGAAGUGCGAGAGUAGCUGAAUCGUAGCUGAAUCGUAGCUGAAUUGCGAGAGUCGCUGAAUCGUGAGAGUAGCUGAAAAGCGAGAGUCGGGGUGUGGAUGUAGAAAGUGGCUUGGGUUCCUCGGGCGUGGCCAUUUCGUGGGCUCCAGUUCCUGCCGCACUGUAUAGGCCCCUAAGCAGAGGCAAUCAAAGACACCCAAAGAGCGUCUUACACGCAGUAGACAGCCGCAGCUUGCUUGAGCCGCUAAUGACCGGCUCUUGUAAUUUGACUUGGGCAUGGCGCCGGAGGCUUGAUCCACAAAUGUCUUUUAGGAGUGGCUGAGGCCGAGCCACUUGCGAGAGUCACUCCAAAUAAGCUCCCAGUGCAUCGAACAGGACAAGACCGCUGCUUAGUUAUGGAAUCGACCCGUAAAGGCAAUUAAUACG